AUGCUGCGCGCCGGGCUGGGAAGAAGCAGCUGUCUAUGUGGCGGCGGGUUGCGGAGGAGCCGGCGUCCUGCAGCCGACGGCGGCAGCGCUUUGCCGGGCUGCUCUAGAGCCCUCAGCGCCGUCUCGCCUAGCAACGGCGGUGCGGCGCGGGGCGGACGCGAUCCCCCUGGAGGUAGCCGCGCCGCGCCCUCCUCCUCUUCCAUCUCCUCUUUCCUUUCUUGCCUCGUUGGGUUUCUCCGUCCGUUAAUCCCGCCGGGGCUCCCAAGCGUGGCAGCGACUCGGGCAGUGCUCGGAGCCGCUGCGCUGUGGGACGGGCAGGACAUGAAACAGCUAAGGGAGGCUUCUGCUGCCUUGGUACGCCCCGUGGCCUCUCCUGAGGUGGAGAUCGGAGCUGGACCGUGCCGCCAACAGGCUGCUGAGCCCAAUUGCCAGCCUGGCCGGCACCGCGGGGCCUGGGGUGUGGGGGCAGUGGGUGGUGAUCGGGGUCGCUUCGCGCCGUGCUGGUGGCCGAGCCGGCCGCCUAUGUUUUCUCAGUCCGCUGCUCGGCUCCUGCUGAGCGGCGGGGACUGGCAGAGCGGGGCUGCGGCUGGACUUUGCACAGGAGCUGUGGGACAGGGAGCGGGGCAGGUCCAGCUGACGGGGGUGGAAAAGCGCUUGCUGUCCUGUGCCAGUAAUGUAAAGCCAUUGGAUGGUGUGAAAAUUCUUGAUUUAACAAGGGUACUUGCAGGGCCUUUUGCCACAAUGAAUUUAGGAGAUCUAGGCGCUGAAGUUAUCAAAGUGGAAAGACCAGGAGCUGGUGAUGACACAAGAGUCUGGGGCCCACCUUUUGUUGGAACAGAAAGUAUUUAUUUUCUCAGUGUUAACAGAAAUAAAAAGAGUAUAGCUAUCAACAUGAAGGACUCAAAAGGAGCAAAACUCAUCAGAGAGCUUGCAGCAGUGUCUGAUGUUUUUGUGGAAAACUUUAUCCCUGGAAAACUGGCUGAACUGGGUCUAGGUUAUGAAGACAUUAAAAAGAUUGCUCCUCACAUAGUGUACUGCUCAAUAACAGGCUAUGGUCAGACCGGUCCCAUGGUUCAGAGAGGUGGAUAUGACUCGAUUGCAGCUGCUGUUUCUGGUCUCAUGCAUAUCACAGGGCAUGAGGACGGUGAGCCAGUUAGACCAGGAGUAGCCAUGACAGAUCUUGCUACUGGAUUGUAUACACACGGAGCAAUUAUGGCUGGUUUACUUCAGAGGUACAAGACAGGGAAAGGACUGCACAUUGAUUGCAACCUCUUGUCAUCUCAGGUUGCAUGUCUCACUUCUGUAGCAGCUAAUUACCUUAAUUGCAAAAUUGAAGCAAAACGCUGGGGUACUGCUCAUGGGAGUAUUGUUCCCUAUCAGGCUUUUAAGACCAAGGAUGGCUACCUUGUGGUGGGAGCUGGAAAUGAUCAGCAGUUCGUCACUGUGUGCAAGAUUUUGAACUUGCCUGAAGUCAGUAAGGAUCCCAGAUACAAAACUAAUACACUCAGAGUCCAGAACAGAGAGGAACUUGUUGAUAUGUUGUCAACUCGGUUUUCAGAAAAAGCCACAAUUGAGUGGCUGCAGCUCUUUGAAGGUAGUGGAGUCCCGUAUGGUCCAAUCAACAACAUGCAGCAAGUGUUUGCGAAUCCUCAGGUGCUGCACAAUGGACUUGUGAUGGAAAUGAAUCAUCCAACAGCUGGGAGGAUAGCUGUUCCAGGACCAGGUGUCAGAUACAGUGAAUUUGCUGUGUCACAUCCGAAACCACCUCCCCUUGUUGGACAGCAUACAGUUGAGAUACUGAAGGGCAUGCUGGGUUAUGAGGAUGAUGCCAUAGAAGAACUGCUCCGCACUGGUGCUGUGGCUCAGCAUGAGGUCAGAUAA